CCUUUUUCUCUUCUUCGCUUCCAGCUGCUCGAGGACCGCUACAGUCGUUCCCUUUCCAGUCACUUGAAUAUACAACAAUAUCUCAUUCUUUUCUUUUCAUUCCUUUUCAAAAAGAUACAAGGCUAUCUACUGCCGUAAUUCUUCAACCAUCUCUCUCACUCUCGCUCACUCUGUUCAACGUCGAACCAAAAAAUACUUAAUAAAUCUCCAACGCUUUCACAUCAUCGCCAACAACUCAGCAUAAAAGUAUCGUUUCUUAUCACCGAAAAUGCAAUACACCAACUCCUUUGGCGCCUUUCUGGUGGGCCUCCUGGCCGCCUCCGAUCUGGCCACCGCCGUCCCCACCGGCUUCCGACAGCACGCCCCGGUGACCAGCGGCAGCCAGGCCCGUGACAGCAGCAACUCCAAGGGCGGCGUCUCGCUCAAGCAGGUCCGCAAUGCCAAGCACAGCGGUCACCAGCGGGUGGGAGCACUGGCCGUGGAGAAGGCGUACCUCAAGUACAACGCGGUGAUGCCCACGGAGCUGACAGACGCGGUCUCGCGCAUCCGCACCAACCUGGCCAAGCGGGCCACGGGCUCGGCAACCACCACGCCCGAGGAGUACGACGUCGAGUACCUCACGCCCGUGCAGAUCGGCACGCCGGCACAGACGCUCAACCUCGACUUCGACACGGGCUCGUCGGACCUUUGGGUAUAUUCGAGCGAGACACCCUCUGACGAGGUCAGCGGCCAGACUGUCUACAACGUCGACGCCUCUAGCACCAGCGCCAAGCAGUCCGGAUUGACCUGGAGCAUCAGCUAUGGUGAUGGCUCCUCCUCCAAGGGCGACGUCUACUACGACACCGUGUCGGUGGGUGGCCUUGCUGUGACCAAUAUGGCGGUCGAGACGGCCACGACGGUCUCGUCUGAGUUCACUGCCGAUACCGACAUUGAUGGUCUUUUGGGCCUGGGCUUCAGCAACCUCAACACCGUCAGCCCUACCCAGCAGAAGACCUUCUUCGACCGCUCCGAGGACAACCUGGACUCCUUCCUUUUCACUGCUGACCUGAAGGCUGGCGAGCCUGGUACUUACAACUUUGGCUUCAUCGACAACGCGUCGUACACUGGUGACAUCUACUACACCCCAGUCGACAGCACCCAGGGCUACUGGAUGUUCUCCUCCUCGGGCUACCAGAUCGGCGAUGCCACCUUCACCUCGACUAGCAUCAAGGGCAUUGCCGAUACCGGCACCACCCUUCUCAUGCUGCCCACCGCCAUCGUCGAGGCCUACUAUGACCAGGUCGCAGGCGCCUCCUACGACAGCUCCCAGGGCGGCUACACUUUCCCCUGCACCUCCUCCCUCCCAGACUUCACCCUCGGCAUUGCUGCGGGCACCAUCACCAUUCCGGGCACCUACAUGAACUACUCGCCCCUCGACAGCGCCAACACCACCUGCUUCGGCGGCCUCCAGGACGACAGCGACAUCGGCUUCGCCAUCUUUGGCGACAUCGCCCUCAAGGCCGCCUUUGUCGUCUUCGAGGGCGGCGACAGCCCGCAGAUCGGCUGGGCCAACAAGAACCUGUGA